AUGGAAGGCCUCAAUGCUUCGGAACAGCGUGAGCUGGCUGCUCGCAUGGAGAAGAAGCAAAUGAAGGAGUUUAUGCAGAUGUACUCUCGUCUCGUGCAGCGCUGCUUCGACGACUGCGUGAACGAUUUCACCACCAAGUCUCUCGUCUCCCGCGAAGAGGGCUGCGUCCUGCGCUGCGUCGACAAAUACCUAAAGAGCUCGGCUCGUCUAGGCGAGCGAUUCCAGGAACAAAACGCCGCGAUGAUGCAGUCUGGGCAAUUGCCAGGGCGAUAA